AUGCCUGUGGACAGUGGUGAGGCUGACCUGUGCACUCAGGUGGUCUGGAACACUGGAGGGAGGGACCUCUUGGCCACCUCACCAGACUCUCCACCAGGCCUGUGUCCAAAAGACCUGCAAAGACAGAGAGCUGGAGCAGGACUCCACAACCUGGGCAAUACGUGCUUCCUCAACUCUGUUCUGCAGUGCCUGACGUACACACCCCUUUUGGCCAGCUACCUGCUCUCUCUUGAGCACAGCCAGUUGUGUGAAUACUUUUACGAACAUCUCCUUGUAAAUCUGUUUGUCACUUCCCAAAGAUUCCCAGAAAAAUUUCAGCUGCUUUUACAUGUUUUCUUCCCUUCUUGUAGGAGUGAACUACUAACUUCUUUCUUCUUAGGAAUAGGAGAACAUUUCCAGCUUGGCAUGCAAGAAAACGCCCACGCGUUCUUAUGCUAUACUGUCGAUGCCACGCAGAGAGCUUGUCCGAGUGGAAGCAGCAACUUGGACAUCUCUUCUCAAGCAACUACCAUUGUCCAUCAAAUAUUUGGGUGCUUUCUGAGAUCCAGAGUAACAUGCUUCAGCUGCAAAGCCACUUCCAACACCUUCGAGGCAUUCCUUGAUAUUCCUUUGGAUAUCAAGGCAGCCUCAUGUGUCACUGGAGCUCUGGAAGACUUUGUCAAACCUGAGCAGCUGGAUGGUGAAAAUGGCUAUAAAUGUGGCAGUAAGAUUAUUAUUAAUGACAUCUUCCUAGUAGGUACUGGGUUAGGGUACUGCAUGUCUGGGAGCAGCUUUUUGGAUGCUUGCGUCUCUGUCCAGGAGACCUUGGUCCUUGAAGAAGUAGCCGCCCCUGCUGGCUCUCUGAACAGUGUCAUGCCUUGUUCUUGUAAAGACUGCAGACUGCUGCUCUCUGAAGUGAGCUGCCGUAGACCGCAGCUACCUUCAGUGAGAGCGUGUGGCCUUAAGGGGUGUGAACAGCUGGCCAAUGCAUCCAAGAGGCUUACAAUACACCAUUCCUCCAAUGUCCUGACAGUGUGCUUGAAGAGAUUUGAUGCUUUCUCUGGCAGAAAGAUUAGCAAGUUAUGUAUACAAAUGCACUGCAACUUUGUCUGCUUGGAAGGAGACAUUUCCCAAAGGAGAAUCCUUUUUUGA